AUGAUCGCGACAGCCCUUCGCCAGAGUCCGAUCAUCGCUGUCGGCAUGGCUAACUCCACCACAACCACAACAACGCCUUCAACGACCACAAGCGUUAGCCCUGGCGUCAACAACGGCGCAGACACUAACACAGGUGUCACAGCUCCUGAGCUAAACGAUUUGGACUACUUCGUCAAUGUUCUUCAAUUACAAGAUGGCAGAACGGAGAACCAGAUCGAGGAUGCUCUUGUGUCUAAAGCAAAUGCCCUCGGCAUCUCGAGUGCGCCAGUCGCUGAUAAACGCAACACGUCAAGCGUCGAGUCGGCUUCCACAGCCUACAAUGCGCGGACAUUCUCCAUGCUUUCUGGCGGUUCAACGAGUACCGCCUUGACGGCACACUCGUCAUUGUUUGGUCCACCUACACCUGACCCAGCGCCAUCGAGUGGUCGUCAAUCCAAGGAUCUAAGCUUCGGUCAAUACGAUCGAUAUCUAUCCGUGAUCGAUCCUCAUCAUAACCACCCAAAAACAACGAGGCAAUCGCUUUCGCCCGCCAACCCUCCUCCAAGCAUUUUUAGCGGCAAGACGAAGCGUAGUCUGUUCAGUGUCAAAUCAGGUUUCAAAUUGCGAUGGAAAAAGAGGUCCCCUCAGCCAAUUCAGGUCGUUUUGACCUGUGUGAGCUGCCGUGCCGAUUUUAAGAGUUCGAAAUCACUACACAGCGUUUCAUGCGGCCAUACCUAUUGCGAUAAUUGUUUAAGAUCACUCAUUCAUGCGGCCAUGUCUGAUGAAUCUAGCAUGCCUCCAAGGUGCUGUGCCCAGCCGCUACCCGGCUCGGUGAUAAGGGAUUUGCUUAGCCGCGAUGCUCAGCAGGAAUUUUUGAAGGCUAUCGUCCAAUACAGCACACCCUGGCAAGCGAGGAUAUUUUGUUCGAAUCCGUCCUGCGGCGAGUUCAUUCCACCGCGUCAAAAACUGGACCUCAAAUACCCAUCCAAUGUUACAUGCCGUAAAUGUAACACUAAAGUUUGUCUUAUGUGCAAACACAACGCUCAUCCUACCGGAAAGGACUGCCCUGAGGAUUGGGAGCUGGAUCAGGUUAUCAAAACAGGGGAUAAAGCCGGUUGGAAAAGGUGCUACAAGUGUCAAAAUUUGGUUCCACAAGAAAAGGGGAGCUCACGCAUGACUUGCAAGUGCAAAGCCCAGUUUUGCUAUACCUGCGGCGGUGUGUGGGAUUCUACUUCCGGAUGCCCUAACAGUUGUGGACAAGAGGAAGAGAUGGAACGAAGGAGAAGGGAGGAGCAGGUUCAGUUGGCUGAGUAUGAGGAAGAGAAAGCUAUGCAAGAGACAGCUGCGGCGGCAGCCUCAGCCGAAAGGCUCGAAGCCGAGCGACGAACGCACAACAACGGGGACUUCUCUGACAUAGCCAAGACGCAAAAGCAAGAGAUGACUCGCUUCCUCAAUUUUUCUGAAGAAGGUAGAGAGCACAUGCGGUCUCGGUUUGUCGAGGAAAAGAGGGCGAUGUUGCUACGACAUGUGGAAGACGAGAAAAAGAUGGAGGAAAGGCACGCCAAAUCGAUUAGUCAGUUGGAAGAUCGACAAGUGGCUGCUGAGAUGGACCUCCGAAAUACCUUGGAAGCAAGUGCCCGCAGUGUUAAUAUUCGACUGAGGCACAUGGAAGCUUAUUGCGACGGUCUGGGACGUAGUAGUGGAAGCUCAAGUCCAGACUCGGCAAGUACUCAGCCUCAGCGUGUGGUCACCGAACGUGAUCUUCGUGAACUGGGCCAACAGUACAACAUCCGCGAUGGCAUGGAAAGGUCACAUCAAGCCAAGAUCAACGUCAUGAGAGACCGCCAGGCCAGGCGCAUGGAAGAGCUCAUCGACCAACAAGAGACCGAGCACGAGAAUCUCCUCAACCAAAACCGUGAUGAACUCGACGAGUUGGCAGCCCAAGCGGCACAUGAGGAAGAAAUGCUGGCCAGCACCUUUUCGUCACGGAAGGCUAAGCUUGUACGUCGAUGGGAAUUGGCUAUUGAGAUCCUUCGUAAGGAGCUUGAAGCUCAAAAUGGCGUCAAGUACGCACCCAUUCCUACACCAACAUGGCCCGAAGAUAAGGCGCAUGUUCCCACUUCCAUCGAGUGA